UAGCGCGCGUUUUUCACUAACCCCACAGAGCGCCCGUUAGGUGACGUCAUCCAGCUGCGUCUCAUUUCCACGAGUCAGUAGAAUCUACGUGUGUGUGUUAUGAUGCUUACUUUGGGUCUGACGCUCGUGAGACAUGGUGAAACCCAGUACAACAAGGACAAGCUGCUGCAAGGUCAAGGUAUUGACACUUCCUUGUCAGAAAUGGGAUUUCGGCAGGCAGAGGCUGCAGGCCAGUACCUUCAGGACCUUCACUUCACUAAGGCGUUUGUCAGCAACCUGCAGAGGGCCAUCCAGACGGCUGAGAUCAUCCUGAGAAGUAACCUGCACUCUGCGGGCGUUGAAAUGGUUUUGGAUCCGUUGCUCAGGGAGAGGGGGUUCGGCGUGGCCGAGGGUCGACCCAAAGAAGACCUGAAGAACAUGGCGAACGCAGCAGGACAGGCCUGCAGGGAUUUCACACCACCAGGAGGAGAAACUCUCGAACAGGUAAAAACCCGUUUCCGUAAGUUCCUCAAGUCCAUGUUCCAGCGCAUCCUAACCGACCACAGACCUGGUCCGAGCGCAGACGCGUUCCCCGAAUCGGCCCUCGAUACCUCAAUCGCAGGAUUUGCAGACGACGGUGUGGAGAACCUGCACGUCCACGCGUUAGUGGUGAGCCACGGCGCCUUCAUCCGCGUUGCCGUGCGCCACCUGGUGGAUGGGCUGCGCUGCAGCCUGCCCCAGGGGAUCAAAAUGAGCCAGGUUUACUCAGCCUGCCCCAACACGGGCAUCUGCAGGUUCGUCGUCACGUUGCGGACGGACGAGGACGUCCCGAGACCUGUUGCGUUCCACUGCAUCUUCAUCAACAGGAAGGAUCACCUCGCUGGACUGAAAGACUAGACACGUCGUCUCCUCUGCAGCUUUUACCAAACCUGUGAUCAGUGUCGUAUAAUAUUCUUUAUUUAUGGUCCUCAGAUUUCUGUCGCAAAAAACACGUACUAAUUAAAUUUGCAUUUCCUAUUUUUUUGUAACAUUUACUGUAUUUAUUGGGACUCUACUGUAUGUAUCACUGUAUGUAUUAUGAAUGAGAUGUUAAAGACAAGCUUCGGUUUAGUUUUUUCUUUAAGACUGACAAAAUGCACUUUAUUUACAAUGGCAUAGAAUUUUUUCCUUUUUUCUGGAGUGUGGGGGGCGCGACAUGUUAAAUCGUCCUCUGCCGUCAAAAAUAAAGAUUGAUGAACACUUUA